AUCGAAGUAAAAUCGAUUUGAUUCGCUUCAUGAGAGAUAAUACUGGUGACGGUGCCAAGGGAGUUGAAGUCCAUGUUCCACGUCUUAUCAAGAGACUAACUCAACCUACAUUCCAUCAGUUUCUGAAAGAACAUGAGCAUGUAUUGGUGAUGUUCUUCGCUCCUUGGUGUGGUCACUGCAAGCAGGCAAAACCUGAAUAUGAAGAGGCAGCGAAGGUUUUCAAGUCCAAGCCAAACAAGAUCUUUGCAACAGUGGAUUGUACUGUUGAUUCAGGUAUUUGUAAUAGCGAGGAUGUGAAUGGUUAUCCCACAUUAAAGCAUUACUACUAUGGAGAGUUUGUGGUGGAAUACGAUGGUGACAGAGUUGCAGAAGAUUUUAUUUUAUUUAUGAACGAGCCACCUCUACCAUAUCGAAAAGCUAAAACCAAAGAUGAAAUUGAGAAAAUUGAACCAGAAAAAGAAGGCAAAGAGGAUAUAGUUGAAGGGGAAAAAGAAGAACYACACACUGAGAAACAUAAAGAAGAAUUAUAGAGAAAAUAUCUAGUUAGGUCAAAAGUUUUGUGUUCAAUGAAUUUUGAAUUAUAUUUUCGAAAUAAUGCGGACAGUUUAAGACAAUGUUCAAAGUAGAAGAGUCAUUUAACUUAAAAGUUAUAUACAUAUCUAUGCACAGUGAAUUGUGCAAAGUUUAUUAUAAAAGUCUAUAUAUUUGACAAUAUAAAUAUUUCCAGAUAUUUUUGUUGUUGAGAUUGUUGUUGAGAUUGUUGUUGAGAUUGUUGUUGAGAUUGUCAGCUGUGAUUGACAGUUCGUCGAUUUGAUCAUAUCAGACAAGGAAAAAACGUUCUUAAUUAAAAUAAAAGUUGUCGGGUUCAAAAAGCACAGAAGUUUUAAGUGUAAGAAUAGAAUUCAUUUAUUGUCAUCACCAUUCUUGUUUCCUUCAGUAGUCUCAACUUCUGUGCCUUUUUCUGUUCCUGCUUAUUUUGAGUGUACAUUAAUAGUAUUAUAUUAUCAUUCCCGAUUUUGGACAGUUUGGAAUGUUCAAUUUUAUCAAAUAAAGUCUGAAACAAGG